AGGUCGUGAGGGGCAAUUUGUCACAGUGACAUCGGGCAGACGUUGAUCAAGUAGGUCACUAGCUGUUUAUAUCAACAACAUAGUGUGUUCGGCUUUCAUGUGAUUCAUACUGUGGAAACUAGCGUCUUGAAGUGGCGAGGACAAUAUAAAACGCAGAUUAGUUUUGUAUGUAGGAACUGUUGAAGCAUCGAACGUAAUGGCCUAGAGUAUCAGAGCACGUAUGACUAACAACAUUCCCAGCAGCCAUGGUCACUUACGGGAGAGUGUCUGUUCUUCACAGAAGGGUAAUACUAAUGUUCAUCUUGUUGACCGUUGGUCAGGGUAGCAAGAAUGUGGAUGAACAAGAUGACAACCUCAAUUCAAGAAAGAAUUCGAAACACGACACUACGGAAGUAAACCUCACUCAGACACACCCUGGUGGCGACGUCAUUUCAAUGAAUACUACAACCGCAAGUACCACAUCAACAGCGAUAACUAGGUCACCACCCUCUGCUGCGGUGACGUUCUUCACAACGCCAUCAAUGACAUCAUCAACGACAACUUCCACUUCAACAACUUCCACUAUGAAAUCAACAGCUAGAGCUACAACUUCCUCUGCAUUCACCACAUUAACUACGAAAAAUACAGCAACCAAAUUGUUUGUCUCCUCAACCACAAAGCCAAGUAACCUUGACCCUGCUUCUGUUGUGAAACUUUCAGUAGAGAGUACCACCGGCCAGCUUGCAUCCAAGGAAGUUCAAUUUGGACUAAAUGUCAUGAAAUCAUUGCAUAGCUGUCUUUGUAAUCCACAAACCUUAAUGUGUAAAAUAAUACAUCAGAGUCAAGUACUUUCGACUCCAAUCGCUAAAUAUAUGACACCAAGUCCAGCGUUCCUGAACACCUACACAUGUUUCUUAGAGCAGGACAUCAACGUAACGUGCAGCAGGGUGCCUGGGGUUGAGGCUGCAGCUGUCUGCCCCCAAAACAACUGUGCUGCAGAUUUCACAGCGUUCGGACCCGGCUGUCUACUCCACUUCGUCAACGUGGUGUGGAGGAAAGACCAGAAGCUCUUCGUUGACCUGUGGAAAACUGAGGUCAGCAGCAUCUUCAGCUGUAACGCCAGCUGCUGGAAUGCGGAUCUUGGAAGCGGCGACGACGAUGUGGACAAUGACCAGUACAACGACGAUGACGACUCCGUCAACCCUAUUAUUAUCGGCGUCGUCGUCGCUAUCGGUAUUAUCGUCGUGGUCAUCUUCCUAACCAUUAUAGUCUUCGUCGUUUUAUCAAGGCGUAAAACUAAAGCUGGUCAGCGCCAUAGAGCCUCCACGCAAGCGUUGACCAAUGGCGGAUUUGAAUCCGGACACCAUAUCUUGAAUUCUUCUCAUUCAAGCUUAGAGGGUGAUCAAGGACGCAUUAUAGGAGAAAGGUAUUCCGUCCCAGAAGUCGGCACGAAGAGCAUCCAUGUUUACAACGACCCAGUGGUCCAGGAUCCUGGUUACGCCUACAUUGACGAGGCGCAAGCUGGCACCAAAAGCGAGUACUCCACCUUAGAUGAAGCUUCACAGUACCGACACGAGUACAAAAGAGCGUCCUCCAACACAUCCGAUCCACGACUUAGGCCCCCUCUCCCACUCCCUAAACGAACCACCAGCGAGCCCCUGCCCUACUACUCAGUGGCUAAGACCUUCAGUGACACGAACGAUGCGAGCGGUCAGUACUUGGAGCUCAUCGGAGAUAAUUCAGGAACAGCCCAAGGAAAACCAGGAAGCGGUUUAACGGAAGCUCCUUUAUAUGGGAAAAUAGAAGCAAAGGGAGAAAGCGAUAAAAAGAAUGAAUAUUUUGAGCUUGAAAAAGACAAUUAUGUGCUCUAACACUUUGUGUCUCGUUCCUUUGAAUCUCUAAAAGGAGUAUCGAAUACAUUCGUAGUUGCCAUUUUUAUAUGACAUUGUUACAUGUAUCGAUAUGCAAAUUCGAAAGCAACAAGCAUUGCUCUCGAUACUGUAGGUUCAUGUUGGAUAGGGUAUAAUGCUAUAUAUAGAUUUUAUAACUGGUCUAGAGAUUCCUCUACUAAACGUAUGUAAAAUAAUUAGCUGAGUUUUAAUUAUUUUAGAAAUACAUUUUUUUUGUACAUCAGCAGUACACAGUAGAUCGCCAGGUUCUCAUUAUUUAUAUUUUAUGUCGUCUGCAUUAAACUAUUGCAAGAUUUAUUUUUAUUUCGUUUAAGUCUGCCAAUAAGUUGUUAAAUGAGUGACCUCCAUGGGGCUCGGUGGCUGAGGGAUUACGCGCUUAUUUUCCAAACCUGUGGUUCUGGGUUCGAAUCUCGGUAAAGAUUGAGAUUUUGAAUUUUGGGAUUUUUAGGGCGCCUUUAGUACAAACGGCCCUAGUAACUGAAGCUAAGCGAUUCACAACAUAUCAACUAUGCUCUGAGUCCACCCACUGGGUACGUGACACCCUGCUCGUUAACCGAUGGCCAAAAAAAAAAGAUUAUUUUAACAUCAUCUGUCCUAUAGAUCGCAAGGUCUGAAAAGGAACUUUACUUUUUUUUUUGAGUGACCUCCGCUAUCGUAUGCUGCCCCUUAGUCUAAAUCACAGAUUAGGCACCACAAAUAAUGUUCAUUUCUCUCUUUUUCUCUGAAAGUCCCGUCCAUUUCUUGAUGUCUUCCCCUUUGCUUCUGUUAUAUAAAAUUUUUUACUCAAAUAUCUCUCUAGUUACCUUGUUUUAACAUUGCAAACGGCAAUACUGAGAUCAGAAUGUAUGUGCUAUGUAUUCGAAACGCAUUUUUGUGUGUGCUAAAGAAUUACGAUAGUAACUCAAUAGAACAUGAUUGGCUUGUGAGGAAAAAUGUAACUGAAUGGCAUAAUUAUUAUCAGUCUGUUGUCCUGGGUACUUGAAUGUGUCUGUUCACUGGUCUUGAUCUCAUCUUAUAGAAUCGCUGACUUCGUUGACUUGAGGACAUUCAAGCAGACACAACAAUAAGAACAAUACACUUGAAAACCAUGAUUUACUGGAUAAUAGCCAUGAUGAAUUCAAACGAUGUUUUAUUUACAAAUGGGUAUGAUCAUCAUGUCAGUAAAUCCAUCUGUUUGACCUAGCAGUUCCUUCACUAUCCUUCUUGCUCCAAGCCCUAGCCAUAUUUCCCUAAUGCAGAGGUUCUCAGCCUGUGGAUCGCGCCCCCCCUUUCGGGGGUCGCGAUUUGCGAGGGGUCGCCUAAGAUCAUCGAAAAUAUGGAUUGUAUUGUCUAUUCUUCUAUUGCUGUAUGUGUGUUGGGGGGGGGGGGGUCGCGGCAGAGUGGGGGAUUGUAAAUAGGGAUCAAAGAGCAUAAAAGGUUGAGAACCGCUGCCCUAAUGUGUACCCCUGAUACGUCACUACUUUUUUUUUUACUAUCACUAAAUACAAAGCAAAAUAUAUUUAUUUACAAAACUAGCAUACUCUCUAAACUAAACUAGGUCACUACGCUGUAAGUGUGGGCAUUACAAUGUGUGACGUCUUUUUGUAACUAAGUAGCAAGAGAGUUAACUCUUGGUUUAAUGCUCCCUUGUGUUUCUAAUUUUGAGUUGUCACUCUUUUAAGGAAGUCAAAGCCAUUAUUACUGUUUACAGAUUACUAGAAUGUAAUGCAAAAUAUUAUUAAAGGUGUGAACUGUGAACUAAAGAAAAA